AUGUCGGACCCUCAUCGCGAUGUCUCCCAAUACAAGUACUCGGCUAUGUCGAACCUGGUUCUCCAGGCGGACCGUCGUUUUGUCUCACGGCGAAAUGAUGAAGCUACCGGAGACCCGGAGUCUCUCGCAGGCCGCCUGAGCAUCCGCGACAUGGGUGCGCGAGUCGCUCGCGACGAAGCACCAAAGCAAAAGAAGCAACCUGGACUGCCAGAUAUUCAGAGAGGCAGCAUGAAAGAGGGACAGGAUGUGCUAUUUCGGGAACAGCAAAAACGAAAGGCCGAGAAUGCCAACCUCCGAGGCACCGGUGUCCUCGGCGCAAACGAGCCCUUGGUUGAGGGCAUCACAUACCGACCUCGCACCCUCGCCACACGCGCCACGUUCGACUUAAUACUUACCCUUGUCGCCACGACACUCGGCGACGUACCACACGAAGUUGUUCGAAGUGCAGCCGAUCUUGUUUUGGAAUUCUUGAAGGAUGAUGACACGAAAGACCUCGACAAGAAGAAAGAAAUUGAUGAUUUACUUGGCGCAACCUUGAACCCCAAACAAUUCAACGAAUUGAUAAACCUCGGCAAGAAGAUCACAGACUACGAUGCCCAAGAUGACGAUGAAGACGUUGCGAUGGGCGACGGCACCGGCGAUGCUGAGAUCGACGAGCGCCAAGGCGUUGCUGUUGACUUUGAUGACGAAGAUGAAGACGAGCUUGUUCAAGAGGUGCGCGAUGAGUCUUCCGAUAGUGAAGAUGACGACAACGACGCCGACGAAGACAAUACACCUAAGCCUAAUGCAGAAGUCAAAGCUGACGAUGACGACGAAAUGGUUCUUGAUGCUGGUCGAUCAGGCAACAAAGCCCAGAAGACGGAGAAGAGCAGUAUCGCGGCCAGAGAUAUCGAUGCAUUUUGGCUCCAAAGAGAGAUUGGAGCUCUUUACCCCGAUGCUCACGAACAGACGGACAAAACAAAGGAAGCCCUUCGCAUCCUGUCAGGAGAACCCGACGAAGCUGGCGGGGAGGAAAAGGCCCUGCGCGAAAUCGAAAAUGACUUGAUGGAAUUGUUUGACUUUGAGCAUCAUGAGCUUGUGCAAAAGCUCAUAGAAAACAGGGAAAAAGUCUUUUGGCUUACCAAUCUAGCUAGAGCUGAGAAUGCGGAAGCUCGCGAGCAGGUUGAGCGUGAGAUCGUCUCCGAAGGGUUGCAGCACAUUUUGAACGAACUUCAUGGCAAGACCACUGGGGAUAGUGAGCGCAAGGGUAUGAAGAUGGAUAUCGACGUUCCUGCAUCCUUUACAGAGGAUCAGAAAAAGGAGGAGGGCAGUGAUGGCCGCCUGGUUGGCGGUCUUCAACCCAAGAAGCUCAUCAACCUUGAUAAUCUAGUGUUUGAUCAAGGAAACCAUCUGAUGACGAACCCCAAGGUUCGGCUUCCGGAAGGCUCUACCAAGCGUUCAUUCAAGGGCUACGAAGAAAUUCAUGUGCCGCCUCCAAAGAAGCGCAACGAACCCGAUGACGUUCUCAUUCCCAUCUCCGACAUGCCAGAGUGGUCUCGCGGCCCUUUUGGUACGACCAAGUCCCUGAACAAGAUCCAGUCCAGGUGCUUCCCAACGGCCUUUGGUGACGACGGCAACAUGCUGAUUUGCGCACCGACUGGUUCCGGCAAAACCAAUGUUGCCAUGUUGACCAUUCUUCGUGAGAUUGGGAAGAAUAGAGAUCCCGAGACGGGUGAUAUCGAUCUCGACUCUUUCAAAAUUGUCUACAUUGCGCCCCUCAAAGCCCUUGUGCAAGAACAGGUUGGCAACUUUGGCAAGCGUCUGGAACCAUAUGGAAUUCGUGUUGCCGAGUUGACUGGUGACCGUCAGCUCACCAAAGCCCAGAUUGCCGAGACCCAAAUCAUUGUCACGACUCCAGAAAAGUGGGAUGUCAUUACGAGAAAGGCGAACGAUCUUUCCUACACAAAUCUGGUGCGCCUCGUCAUCAUCGACGAGAUUCACUUGCUUCAUGAUGACCGUGGUCCCGUUCUAGAGAGCAUUGUCAGCAGAACUAUUCGCAAGACGGAGCAGACCGGCGAACCCGUCCGUCUUGUCGGCCUAUCCGCCACACUCCCCAACUAUCGCGAUGUCGCCAGCUUCCUCCGUGUCAACAUUGACUCUGGUCUCUUCCACUUCGACGGCUCUUUCCGGCCUUGCCCCCUGCGCCAAGAGUUCAUUGGCGUAACGGACCGCAAGGCCAUCAAGCAGCUCAAGACAAUGAACGACGUCACCUACAACAAGGUUCUGGAACACGUCGGCCAAAACCGAAACCAGAUGCUCAUCUUUGUGCACUCGCGAAAAGAGACGGCCAAGACGGCUCGUUAUAUCCGAGACAAGGCUUUAGAAAUGGAGACGAUCAACCAAAUUCUCCGCCACGAUGCUGGUAGCCGCGAGGUGCUCCAAGAAGCUGCGGGCCAGGCUACCGACAAGGAUCUCAAGGACCUGCUUCCUCAUGGGUUCGGUAUCCACCACGCCGGUAUGAACCGCAUUGACAGAACUGAUGUCGAAGAUCUCUUUGCCCGCGGUGCUAUUCAGGUCCUAGUUUGUACCGCCACCCUGGCUUGGGGCGUCAACUUGCCCGCCCACACCGUCAUCAUCAAAGGUACCCAGGUGUACUCUCCUGAGAAGGGUACUUGGGUUGAGCUGAGCCCCCAGGACGUGUUGCAGAUGCUCGGUCGUGCGGGCCGACCCCAGUUCGACACCUACGGUGAAGGCAUUAUCAUCACCACGCAAACGGAGAUCCAAUACUACCUCUCUCUCCUCAAUCAGCAGCUACCAAUUGAAAGUCAAUUUGUCAGCAAACUAGUCGACAAUCUCAACGCUGAAAUCGUGUUGGGUAACGUUAGGACACGCGACGAAGGCGUUGAAUGGCUAGGAUACACGUACCUCUUUGUUCGCAUGCUGCGAUCUCCUGGGUUGUACCAAGUCGGCGCCGAAUAUGAAGACGACGUGGCACUCGAGCAGAAGCGUGUAGACCUCAUUCACGCAGCAGCUAUGGUCUUGAAAAAGACAAGCUUGGCCAAGUAUGACGAAAAGACAGGGCGUUUCCAGUCCACCGAGCUUGGCCGUAUUGCCUCGCACUACUACAUUACUGCCAACUCUAUGGAAACCUACAACAACCUCAUUCAACCUUCCAUCACUACCAUUGAGUUGUUCCGCGUUUUCUCCUUGUCUGCUGAGUUCAAAUACAUCCCAGUUCGACAAGAUGAGAAGCUAGAGCUUGCCAAGCUUCUCGGGCGCGUACCCAUUCCCGUCAAGGAGAGUAUUGAGGAGCCCCAUUGCAAGAUCAACGUCCUCCUCCAAGCAUACAUCUCGCGUCUCUCGCUCGAUGGCCUUGCACUCAUGGCUGACAUGGUGUACAUUACCCAGAGCGCUGGCCGUAUCUUGAGAGCCAUCUUCGAGAUUGCUCUCAAAAAGGGCUGGGCUUCCGUUGCGAAGACUGCACUCGACCUUUGCAAGAUGGCCGAGAAGAGAAUGUGGCCUACCAUGACUCCUCUCCGACAAUUUCCAACCUGUCCGCGGGACGUUGUGCAGAAAGCUGAGCGUAUCGACGUCGCUUGGGACAGCUACUUCGAUCUUGAUCCUCCUCGUAUGGGCGAGCUCCUCGGACUGCCGCGCGCUGGCCGCACUGUCUGCAACUUUGUCGCCAAGUUUCCCCGUGUCGAUGUCCAGGCUCAAGUUCAGCCGAUGACCAGAUCGAUGCUGAAGGUUGAGCUUGCCAUUACCCCCAACUUCGAAUGGGAUGAUGCCGUGCACGGUGGCGCGGAGAACUUCUGGAUCUUCGUCGAAGACUGCGACGGCGAGGAUAUUCUCUUCCACGAUACCUUCCUCCUGCGUAAAGACUACGCCGUCUCUGAGUCGAAUGAGCACAUUGUCGACUUCACUGUCCCUAUCACCGAUCCCAUGCCGCCCAACUACUUCAUCUCUGUUGUGUCUGAUAGAUGGAUGCACUCUGAAACGCGCAUUCCGGUCUCUUUCCAGAAGCUUACUCUUCCUGAAAAGUUCCCUCCCCACACAGAGCUGCUGGACCUCCAGCCAUUGCCCAUCUCCGCGCUCAAGACUGCAAGUUAUAUCAAGCUGUAUCCUGAGUGGAGCCAGUUCAACAAGAUCCAGACACAGGUCUUCAACUCGCUGUACAAAACGGACCAGAACGUCUUUGUGGGUGCUCCGACGGGCAGCGGCAAGACAGUCUGUGUAGAGUUCGCCCUGCUCCGCCACUGGGCUCAAGAAGAUGCUGGCAGAGCUGUUUACAUUGCCCCAUUCCAGGAGCUCGUUGACGCUCGUCUGUUAGACUGGCAGAAGCGACUUAGCCACUUGGCUGGCGGCAAAGAAAUCGUCAAGCUUACCGGAGAGACUGCCACUGACCUCAAGAUGCUCGAACAGGGUGACCUGAUUCUUGCCACGCCGACGCAGUGGGAUGUUCUAUCACGCCAGUGGAAGCGUCGCAAGAAUGUGCAGAAUGUGCAACUCUUCAUUGCAGAUGAUGUUCAUCUACUGGGCGGCUCGCAGGGCUAUGUUUACGAGAUCAUCGUGUCUCGCAUGCACUAUAUCAGAACUCAAACAGAGUUGCCACUCCGAAUCAUCGCUCUGAGCGUUUCUCUCGCUAACGCUCGCGAUGUUGGCGAAUGGAUUGACGCCAAGAAACAUGAUAUAUAUAACUUCAGCCCCCAUGUCCGGCCAGUUCCCCUAGAGCUACACAUCCAGACCUUCUCGAACCCUCAUUUUCCCUCUCUCAUGCUGGCCAUGGCCAAACCUACAUACAGCGCCAUCACACAAAUGUCGGCAGACAAACCAGCCAUGGUAUUUGUUCCCAACAGAAAACAGACGAGAAACACGGCCCGUGAUCUGUUGGCUGCUUGCGUCAUUGACGAGGAUGAAGACCGAUUCCUACAUGUUGACGCUGAACAAAUGAAACCCCUCUUGGAUCGCGUUCACGAAGAGGCACUGGCAGAGGCUCUGUCUCACGGUAUUGGCUACUACCAUGAGGCGCUGAGCCAAAGUGACAAGCGUAUUGUGAAACAUCUGUUUGACAACGGCGCGAUCCAGGUUCUGGUUGCUUCUCGUGAGGUCUGCUGGGAGCUGACGAGCGUCGCCCACCUUGUUAUUGUCAUGGGCACACAGUAUUUCGAAGGCCGCGAGCACCGUUAUGUCGACUAUCCUCUCAGCGAAGUGCUGCAAAUGUUUGGUAAGGCUCUGCGGCCGUCCAAAGAUGGCCGUGGCCGUGGCGUCCUCAUGCUUCCGCAGGUGAAGCGCGACUAUUACAAGAAGUUCCUAAGCGAAGCUCUCCCCGUCGAGUCACAUCUGCACAACUACCUUCACGACGCAUUCGUGACGGAGAUUAGCACCAAGAUGAUUGAGUCUGGUGAAGAUGCUAUUAACUGGACGACGUUUACGUACUUUUACCGCCGUCUGUUAGCAAAUCCUAGCUACUACGGUCUCACCAGCACGACUCACGAGGGCCUCAGCAACUACAUGUCUGAUCUUGUUGAGACGACUCUGCGCGAACUUGACGAGUCCAAGAUUAUCGAUUUCGACGAUGAAGAUGGCUCUGUGUCUCCGCAAAAUGCCGCUAUGAUUGGCGCGUACUAUAACAUCUCAUACAUCACCAUGCAGACAUUCUUGCUAUCUCUAUCGGCGCGUACAAAGCUCAAGGGCAUUCUCGAAAUUGUUACGUCCGCUACAGAGUUUGAGUCUAUUCAGGUCCGCCGCCAUGAAGACGGCUUGCUUCGCCGCAUCUACGACCGUAUUCCUGUCAAGAUGGCACAGCCUACGUUCGAUACACCGCAUUUCAAAGCCUUUGUUCUUCUCCAGGCUCACUUCUCAAGGAUGCAACUGCCCAUAGAUCUGGCCAAGGACCAAGAGGUUAUUCUAUCUCGCGUGCUCAGUCUGCUCAGCGCCAUUGUUGACAUUUUGUCCUCCGACGGCCAUCUGAACACCAUGAAUGCAAUGGAAAUGUCACAGAUGGUUGUACAAGCCAUGUGGGAUCGAGACAGCCCUCUAAAGCAGAUACCUCACUUCGGACCAGAUGUUGUCAAGGUUGCUACCGAGUUUGGCAUCAAAGAUAUCUUCGACUUCAUGGAGGCUAUGAACCCCGAAGAAAAUGCCGACUACAAAAAUCUCAUCAAGCGUCUUGGACUCUCCCAGAAGCAGCUUGCUGAGGCCGCCAACUUCACCAACGACAACUAUCCCGACCUGGAGCUGGAGCAUGAGAUCUUGGAGGAGGACGAGAUACAGGCUGGUGCACCUGCAUACCUCAAUGUCAAAAUUUCUCGUAACCUAGAAGAGGAGGAUGGCGACUUCGACUCCACUGUGCACGCACCUUUCUAUCCUACAAAGAAGAUGGAGAAUUGGUGGCUGGUCGUUGGCGACGACAAGACGAACAGCCUGUUGGCGAUCAAACGCGUCACCAUUGGCCGUGAGCUAACUGUACGCCUUGAAUACACGGUGCCGACCCCCGGAAAACACGAUCUCAAGCUACUACUCAUGAGUGAUAGCUACGUUGGUGUGGACCAGGAGCGGCAGUUCUCAAUUACUGCUGCGGAGGGCAUGGAUCUCGACUCGGACGAGGAAGAGGAUGACGAGUAG